UAGAACCAGAGGAGUUCCAAAUGGUGUAAUAAUUUUUUUUUUAAUUUCGGUUUAGUAACGAAAGUCGUAACUUUACGUUAACGAUGAAACGAGAUGUGUUGGAGAAUUCUUUUGUAGAACAGUAUUACAGUCAAGCGCAGCAUAUCAUUCCACAAGAAAAUCAAAAAAAUGAUCCUAAGUAUGAAGAAAAAAUAGAACUGAUUAAGGAAUGUCAGGAAAUUGCCGGAACUGAUCUUUCUACGAAGCCACCAUUGAAUAUUGCUAUCAUUGGCCUACCCGGCGGAGGGAAAUCGUCGCUAUUAAACACAAUAUUUGCUAGUUUUAGUACAAGUUGUUGGGAAGAUAUAGUUCAAUUUGGAUCUUUUGGCACACUUGGUAAACAGUUCACAACACGAUUCAAGAGCUUCCCCAAAGACGUUUACUACAAACCAACAGACGCUUAUCUAAUGCCGACGUUUUUGGACAUGACUGGGUUUGAGGACGAAGACUCUGCAAAAACUUUGGCGCUUCUCGAGUUGGUAUUUGCUGGUAGAAUAAGGGAAGAGGAAGAAUUGACAAGUGCAAAAAGCUCCGGAUUUAAUUAUUUCAUUCGAAAGGGAGUGUGCCAUCGUCCAGUUGAUCGGAUUAUUGUAGUCUGUACGUCAAAUCCUGAUGAUAAUUUACCACCGAGCUUCUUCAAUGCUGUAUGGAAAGCGAAGAAAAAACACAGGGAAAUACCUGUGUAUGGAGUCAUGACAUUUAGGGACAAAUACCCACCGAACAACGAACGGGUUAAAUUCAAAAUUCAAGAAUUUCGCAAGCACUUGGCAUUACCGCAGCAUCGGUUUGCUCAUAUCAUAAAUUACUGCGAUGACAUCGAUAGCGAAGGGGUACAUACAACUACGACUAUUCCAUCGCUUGAUGUACCAGUAUUACAGUUAAUGAAACAGGUUUUGAAAACACGUAAAGAUGAUCCAACAUUUCCAACAGAGAAACUCGUCAACAACAGGGACAUAUUGUCAAUGUUGGCAUUCAUAUUUGCUGUGCUGGCAUUUAUCUAUGUGCUUUUAAUUUCGAAUAGUUAAUUAUUAUUGUGUAUACUACUGGUUUUAUAUUUGCAUUUGAAAUUUAAAACGAUGUAAACUUUUAUCUCAUUUUAUUAGGAAUUUUGUUAUGUGAUAUAUACAGAACUAUAGAUGUAUGUGUUUGUAUUACGUCGAAUUUGAUAUAAAAUUGAAAUCAAUAGCAGACAUGAGCAUAAUUAGCAAAUUUACAUCGAUGUUCAGGUGAUUGGCUGGAUGUAUGUAUUCGCGUCAAUUUAAAGAUAGAUAAGAUAUUGUUUUGCGCUAAAACGAUGUUAUUAUUUGAUGAUAAAAACCGGCAGCCAUGAUUUUGCCAAGGUCAUUUAAAGUGGUGUUAAACAAAAAACAAACAAAUUUAAAUAUUCAAACCAAAAAGUAAGCAUUUCAGUUGUGCUAUUUUAAAAUGGAGAAUUGAGAUCAAAUUUAAUAACUAACCAUUACUUUUUGUGAUUGUUUUGGCAAAUUUAUUCAUAUACACUUUGAUGAGAAAGGAUGUAUCUUUUACACACUCAAAACAAUCGAUGGGUCAAUUGAUAUUAUUCAAUUAAUAAUAUUAUUAUCGGCAAUAUGAAAGUAAUUUGUUCUUGAAAAGUAAUAGAUGUACGUUACAUGUACUAAAGACAUGUGUUUGCUCACGAUGGCCCGCAAAUAAAGUAAGUGCUAUUUUAUAAGAUUGCCAAACCAGAUAACAUAAAACGUUUCAUUAAAAUAUUUAACAUG